AUGUUAGCAUUUAUUCGUAAACGGCUUCCAUCCAAAGAUCGAAGUAAUGAGCAUCUUCAUAAUGUUAAAUUGAAUCAUAACCAACAUGGAUAUCAGCCUAAUGGUGAUCAAAUGAAAAAAAGUGAAUCUUCAAAUGAUUUAAAUGUUAAUAAUAAUAAUGAAAAUAAAAAAAAGAAGAAAAAGAAAAAUAAAGAAAGAUCAUCAUUAAAUCAAGAUGAACUUAUUAUUUCUUCAAAUGCUCCACCUAUUGUUAAUCGAAUAAAUAUAUCUUAUUCUGAUGUUGAUUAUUUUCCAAUGAUGCCUGGAGCUUUAUCUCAAUCGGUUAAUCAUGACAAGGAAUCAAUUAAUCGUGAUUCAUUAACUGAUUGUUAUUUAAAUCCAUCAGAAAGUAUACAAACAACACAUAAUAUUAAUUAUAGAGAAAGAUCGCAAAUACAAUCUCGUGUAUUUCAAAUUCCAGUGAUAGAUUGUCGUCAAGAACAAUGGAUAUCUGAUUAUAAAGAUGUUGAUCAUCAACGAACUAAAGCACUUAGAGAUGUAACUGAGCAACGUAGAGAAAAACGGGUAUUUGAUUGA